AUGUAUCCCCAAACAAUUACACAGUCUUGAUCUUACCUGUUCCACGUAUUUCACCACUUACACUAGGGUCAGCAAGAUACAGCUCCUGUUGUUGACUAUUGCCUGGAGUCUUCUGACUGCCUUUUGAUCCAUCUCCAUAGAGUUGGUGUAAGAGGCUGUUUUCUCCAGAGGCAACAAAGUGUUAGCAAUCCCAAAAUGUGUUGACAUCAACAGCCCUACACGGGUGAGUCCAUAGUCUAUGUUCCAUCACUGAUAACCCACACAGUGUGUCACAGAGGGUAUGCUGAUUUCUGAACAUAUCAGAUGAGAUAUCAUUGCUAACCAGAUGACACCAAGUGUCAUUGACUGAGGUGGUAAGUAGGCAGGGGUCAGUAACAAGCAAGGAGUCUGUAGCAAGAUAAGCAAAGGCACAAGAUGCCUAAGGUAAGGCGCUGACAUGAUAUCAUGUUCAUAGUACUUUCCAUAGAUAUCCAUGUUUUUUUUGUAGGAAUCACCAAUAAAACAUUACCAAAGGUAAAUAUACAGGUAAAGGUAAAGGGCAGUAAGAUCAGUGUUCUGAACUAAAAAGGUGGGUUAAUUUGCCCAAAUGUAAGGAGAGAGGCUGUAGCCUAGACUAGAGUAGAAUGGGGUUGUGGUGAGGAAGGGAAGUUAUUGCCCAGUUAUCCAGUUCUCUACAGCAGCUUCUUGUACUGCUGUCCAGAGAAAGAACGCCACUCACACCUGCCUGGGGUGACAGAGCAAGGAAGGGGUCAGGCAAAUAGAUGCUGCCUUUUUAAUUGCCCCAGGAGAUGAUUCCUUUUUCAACUAAAAUGUGUGUCUGGUGUCUGAAUUUAUGUCUGUUUUUAUUCUUGCCUGAACGCAGAGAAUUUAGAAAAAGUUGAAAGAACUUAUGUUGAGAAGUAGUUGGACUCUGUGAUUGUGCCAACACAUGUAGAAUAGGAACAUGUGGGAAAGUGAAAGGAACAUGGGGGAAAGAAUUCAAUCCAUAAUACAGAAUUAUGGUGGGAAGCAUUUAAAAAGCACAGCAAAAAGACAUGCGAUUUUAUAGGUGAUUAGAAAAUUGGUUCUGAGAAAUGAGAUAAUGUUAUGGUUCAAUUAGGUGCUGAAAGCCUCUAGAGUACAAGAGGCAGGGGCCUCCUGUUUGCCUAGGGAGAUAAAACCCACUGCAAACUUGGAGCCAUGCUUUGAUGCUUAACAUGAAGUCUCUGAACCCAUAUAAAUAAAUGACAUCACUCUUGGAAGUGGUCAGCAUACAUAGCAGCUGUUGAAAUGCAUUCAGAUACCAUAGUGACAAGCACAGUCCAGGAAACAAAACUAACUGGAGCCAUAAAAACGAGAACCAAGGUGAACCCUUGCUAUUUCUCGUUUGGCAACCCUCCCUUUGAAUUUUAUGAGUUUCACCUCAGCCCCUUAUGUAAAGUAGCCCUUUGCUGGAUCUGUCUGACAGCUGUGUAGCCUGCCCCUCAUACUGAGGUAGAGUGGCUGUAUGAGGCUCCCUGCAGACUUCACACAUCAGAACUCCAAGUGUGUACUGACCCCUCAUCAGGUGAGUUGAUCAGACUGAAGCACUCCUGCAGGCAAGCUGUGAUUACAGCCCCAUUUUUGCAGCCCCUGGCAUCCUGCUGAUGCUAGCCAACAGUUCAGCUGAGCGCAGAGAACCAACGGCCUUGAACACCUCCAGUGAUCCCACAGGGAGUGAUUCAGGAACAAAUACUUCUGCAAAGACAGGGGAUGCAUAAACUAGGUAAAGAGAGGCUCUUGCUCCCUUUUAAUGAAUUCUUCUGAGCGGCGGUGAAUCUGAUUUUUUCUAGGAAUAAAAGAUGGAAGUUUUAGACCUUUUGUCUCUGCUUGUAACUGAGGAUAUCUGCACAGGACACCUCCUGCAGCAGUUCUCCCACUAUUCUAAAGGCUCACAGCACUUCAGGAGAAGGCACGCGAAGCACUGACUUCACCACUGAAUAAGGCAUUUCCACUUCAACAAAAAAAUAAAUGAAUAGAAAAAUCCUUGGCAGCCAACCAAAACCUCAAAAUCAUGGGCCCCACGCCUUACGAAAUCCUGGAGGAGGCGGAGAGAAGGGCGGAGGCUGGCUGGGCCAGGCUUUUUUAAGUGCCUGGGGGUGGCAAUGGGCAUGCAGAACCAGGAGGUGGCCAAGGGAGACAAGUGGGGACAGGAUGGCAGUGCCUUGCAUGGAGCUGAGCAACAAGAUGAAGAUGCCCAUCCUGGGGCUGGGCACCUGGCAGGCUCCUCCAGGGAAGGUGGAAGAAGUGGUGAAACACGCUAUCGAUGCUGGCUACCGCCACAUCGACUGUGCCUAUUUCUACCAGAAUGAGCAUGAAAUAGGGAAUGCAAUCAAGCAGAAGAUCAAGGAAGGGGCUGUGAAGCGGGAAGACCUCUUCAUUGUCACUAAGUUGUGGAACACAUUUCACGAGAAGUCCUUGGUAAAGGAAGGGUGCAAAAGGAGCCUCACUGCACUGCAAUUGGACUACAUUGACCUCUACCUAAUGCACUACCCUAUGGGAUUCAAGGCUGGUGAAGAACUGUUGCCUGCAGAUGACAAGGGUAUGAUUAUUCCCAGUGAUACAGAUUUUCUGGACACAUGGGAGGCCAUGGAAGAGCUGGUGGACUGUGGCAUGGUAAAAGCCAUUGGAAUCUCAAACUUUAACCAUGAGCAGAUUGAGAGAAUCUUAAACAAGCCAGGAUUGAAAUACAAGCCUGUAGUUAACCAGAUCGAGUGCCAUCCAUACCUGACCCAGGAGAAGCUGAUCAAGUACUGUCACUCUAAAGGAAUCGCCAUGACUGCAUACAGCCCCCUGGGCUCUCCUAAUCGGCCAUGGGCCAAGCCAGGGGAACCUAUGCUGCUGGAGGAUCCUAAGAUUAAAGAGAUUGCAGCAAGACAUCAUAAAACCCCUGCCCAGGUUCUGAUCCGAUUCAUUAUCCAAAGGAACUUGGCUGUCAUUCCCAAGUCUGACAAACAGCAGCGCAUUAAGGAGAACAUGCAGGUGUUUGACUUCGAGCUGUCUAAAAAGGAGAUGGAUGUCAUCCUCAACUUUAACAGGAACUGGAGAGCAAUUCCAGUGCCACAGUCUGCGAAUCACAAGGACUACCCAUUCAAUGCAGAGUAUUAACACCUGCAGUUUCAGCAGCACCUCCGUGUACCUCCCUCCGGAUUAGAUGUCUUCUAUAGCUGAGUCCUGAUUUCUUCUUUUGUACUCAACAGCCAUUGGGAGUGGUCACUUGUCCUCCUUUUUCAGGAGGACACCAGUAGCUGGUGAAAGAAUGCAUCAAUGGGAAUGGGUCUUUUGUUGAGAGGGUUAGCAGAAAUCUGGUUUUACUUCUUUUUUUUUUUUAACUCAACAUUCAACUCAACUUUUUUUCUGUUUUUCCUUCUCUUGCUUAACUGAAAACAUGUUUAGCAAAUGAAAAAAACCCUUGUAAGUAACCAGAUUUUUUAUGUUGUUUUCAGUGCGGUAAGUCUUACUGGCUCAUGAGUGGCUGUUGAGGAAUGCGGUGCUUAUUUACUUUGCUUUUUAUGUAGUUGUGAUUUUUACAGUAUGAAUAAUUAAUGCUUUAAAGUUUUAUAUGAAUAAAGAUUG